AUGGCUGACCGCGUUUGCUUAACAGUCCCUGCCGGUCAAAGGCUGGUGCACAAAAUCCCAUGCAACUGGGAAGAGGACAGUGGAGAUGGCACUCUGAUUUCUGUUGCUUUGGGCAGCUUGGAUUGGAAUGCGAUUGUGCUUGACGAGAAGACGGUGGACUUGGAAGUUUGUGUGCUCCUGAAGUGCGAGGAAGGGAGCAGCGAGCCUCCAACGAUGCAUUGGCUACAACAGAAAGGUAGCGGUCGUACAUUUCAGGGCCGCUUCGUCCCGUCGGAAGACUCCAACUUGCUUGAACAAGCUGGCAAGGGCACCACGAUGGAAGAGAUCAUUUUCGAGUUCGACAACAGCUACAGCUGGUGGACCGACAAGCAGAUCGAGCUCAUCACGAUUCGGUCUCGCUCUGAAGCGAACCCUCCGCCUUUGCCGCUACCUUCGCUUUCGCCGAUGAGUCCGCCGCCACGUGCCUCGGACCCCUCCGGCAGUGAGGAAGUGCAGGGAGUCCCAGAGCUUCGCACUCCCAAUGAUGUAGCAGUGGAUGAAAACACUGAUGCUUCCAGGUUCAUCUCGCAGUUAGACGCUUUUCUGGCAGUUGCAGAGGAGAAGUGUCAAAAGGAUGACCUCCAACUCGCAAAUGCUGAGGGGCUGCUAGCACAGGUACAACAGCUCCGACAGACCUGCCAGGACAUGCUGCAGCCGGCAAGGGACACCGGCUCAUCAUGA